UCAGACCAUUCCCAACAACCUCGGUAAAAUCGUUGGAAGAGAAGCGGUGGACGCUUUUGUGAAGAAAUAUUCAAAAUUACCAUAUGACGCGAAACUUUUCCUGUACAUGCUAAUGCACGCCGGAUCAUGGGCCACAACGAAAUUUGCCUCGGCGGCCAAGACUUGGGACGAACUCAAGUUUGAGUUCCGGAACGAAAUUUCAAAAAGCUCAUGCUCCAAACUUUUGGAAGCGUUCCCCAAGUUUGGAAAAUAUGGUGAGUGA